AUGGGAAUCCUCAACGUCUUCGUGGCUCUCUCAGCUAGCGCCUUGUGCGCGAUGGAGGACCAGCUGUCUCUGGCGGCUCCCCUUGAUACCGGAGUCAACCAAGAAGCUGAAGCGCCAGCGGCGAAGCCUCAGCGGCCACAGGAGGGUCUUCCGAGUGUGCCGGCUGAUGAUACAGAAGUAAUUUCUGAAGCAGCAGAGACGUUUCUUCAAGCAGCAGAAGAACUUGAGGAAGACUCAGCAACGCAGGUCUCCACUGUUGCUCCUGCUGCUGCUGCUGCGCCUGCUCCUCCCGCGCCUCCUGCUGCUGUGCCUGCUGCAUAUGCGCCAGCUGUUCCUGCAGCUGCGGUUCCUGCAGCCGCUGCUGCACCUGCUGCUUCUGUUCCUGAGAAGCAAGACGCUUCUCCGGAAGAGGAAGCUAUGCGUGAGCUGGAGGGCAUUCUAGCUCGUGGUUCCCCUGAGGGAGACUCAGCAGCUCCGAGUACAGGCGUUUUUGCGCAAGCAGAUGCAGGCACUAGUGGAGGAACCGGUGGAGGAACCGGUGGCUCAGGUUCAGACACAUCAUCGACAUCAACGACAGCAGCACCAACAGCAACAUCGACAUCAUCUCCGUUUGAAAGUUCUGAGAAGCCUCGGCCGUCCGCUGCACCCUCUGCUGCUCCCUCGGUGCUUGCAGUGGGGCUGGCGGCAGCAGGUGGUUUCCUUCUGUCCCUUUUUUCAAUUUAA